CUUAAAAAUAUCAGAAGUGCAAAUGUUGUUUGGUUUGUUCAUAAUGUGUGCUACAGUACUGAGUGACCCAAUCUAGCUAGCUUAGCUAAUGUGACCCUAUCUACUAGUAGCUAUUUUAGCUACCCGUUAACAGCUGUUACUGUACUAGUACUGUCCGCGCUAGCUAGCAGGCGAGAUAAUGUACUAGCGUUACAUUAUGUAGUACUGCAUUAGUUAUAAUGUAGUGCUAGCUAGUUUGCCUAGGCUAACUGUUGAACAACCAUGGAGGUUAGGUCGCCCUCUCCAAUGCUGAUCUUAGAUUUAAACAACUUCGAUAAAACUGAAGCUGAUGGAAGCAGAUAUGUUUUAACCAGUCCUCGAUCACUAGAAUCAUGUGCACGACUAGGUGUCAAACCAGUUGAACUUUUGAUACAAUCUCUUAAUGAGUUUAUUGAAGAGCACCAGGACAUUCCGUUCGAGACAGUGUCUAUCCUGUAUGAAGCAUACGAAAAGAAGCACAGAAAGCUUUUGCGAUUGUGUCGCGAGGAGAGGGAAAGGAUGAUGAAACUGGCAGAGGAUAGGUCUGGAAAGAAACUGUCAGCUUUGCAAACGGUUCUGGAGCUAGACAGUGAGAGCUCUGAUGCAAAUUCUAGGAAAGAUUGUGGCGGUGAAGACGAUAAGAAACCGGGAACGGAUCCAUGUGUAGAUGAGGGCUUUAGAAAAAAAUCUGUUAGCCGGUGCAGGUCUUUCAUUACCCCUGACACCCGACAACCAAUCAGGUUGAGAACAGAUGACCACAAUAACACAGUGUCUAUCAGUCUGGGUGACUUCAGACAUUCACCAGCCACUGAGAGGCAGUUAGAGAGGCUAACCCAGGACAUCAAAAAAGAGAUGCAGGUCACAGUGCCAGAGAAAGACCGCAAGAUAGCAGCUCUGAUGCUUGUGAAACACCAAGAUGAGCAGGCCCGCCGGAAGCUCAGCCACCAGGACGAGCGGGAGAGAGAGGAGGCCCGCAGGAAGGAGGAGCUCCACCGGGCUCGAGUCGAGAGGAGGAGGAGGCAAGAGCUGGAGCGCAGCACGCAGCGGUGGCGCGACGCGCAGGAGGCUCGCAGAAGGCUGAGGGAGAGUCGGGUGGAGGAGUUAGCCAGCCAGCGGGAGCAAGAGUUGCUGCUGCAGGAAGACCGCUGGAGAAGGCUGACCGAGGAACAGGAAGCCCAGCAGAGGGAGAGGACGGAGGCGGCGCGGAGAAGCGCGGCGGGGCGCAAACACUACCAGGAGCAUCUGCUCCAAGGCAAGGAGCGAGAGGAGCAGCUGCUGAGGGAGGGGGAAUGGCAGCUGGCGAGGGAGAAGGAGCAGAGGGCCACGAGGAACAAGCUGUGCCGGGAAACGAGAGAGAGGAACAAGCGCCAACGGGAGAACCGCUGUUCUCUGUCGCACCACCUCCUCCUGAAGAAGAAGGCGGAGGAGGACGCCGAGGCCGAAGGGGCCCGGAUGAGGAGCGCUCUGGAGCAGAAGCUGAGACGCUCCGGGGAAAAGCACUCGCGGGCGACGGAGGCGCGGCUGCAGGAGCUGCGGGAGCGCGCCGCCCGAGAGGAGCGGCAGGCCCAGAGGAGCCAGCGCAGGGCCCAGCAGCAGAGCCAGCAGCAGCUCACACACAAGCAGGUGCUGGCCCGGCUGAGCCAGCAGCGCAUGGAGCAGGCCACCCGGCACGCCCACGCUCAGCGCUGUCACAGAGCCCAGCAGGCCGGCCAGGCCAACCAGGAGAGGCAGCGGAGCCACCGAAGGCUCCAAGACGGGGUCCGCAGGGAGGAAGAGGCCGAGAUGGCUCGACGGCAGGCACACGUCGCCAUGAAGGAGCACCGGAGGGAGCAGCUGCAGGAGCGGAGGGAGAGGCGGCAGGAAGAGGCCCGCAAGGUGGUGCGAGCCUCCUUCCACAUGAGGGAGCGGGUGAGAGAGCAGACGCACAGGCGCACCUUCGACCAGAUGGCCCUGCAGGCCCAGCUCACAGCCUCCCUGGGGCGCAUCAAACUGUGAACAUGUAGGCGAGGCGUGCACGUGCACAGAGUCAACCGCUGAGAUCCUCGUGGUUUGUGGCUAAACAGGCCUGGGUGGUUUCAAAUGAUUUCUUUUGUAUUCAUGUGAAUCAUCACCUAACUGUAGCGCUUA